AUGGCCCAGAGAACAGCGAGUUCUCAUGCGGAGGCCAUGGAGGAGGGGGCUGCAGGUUGCGAUUACUCUUUGGAUGGUCUUGCUGGGUCUUGGGACAAUUGUCCUGACAUCAGACGACGGCUUCGCUCGGACCAGAAUCUUCUGGUUCACUACUGCACGAAACUUCGGAAGAGUUUCAAUUGCAAAGUGGAGGUUACGAUCGCGAAUGUACGGGAGAAUGCCAAAGUUCUUAGACCCGUCUGCAAAAUCAUUGCUAUCCAUGGCUGCCCUCCGAAUAUAGACAGGCUGAUGGUGCAGGUGCAGGAUGUUUUGAAUGAGAACAAUGUUAAGUUGACGGGAACGACCGUGUAUGAUCAAGCCUGGGCCAUUCGAUAUCUUAUUGCCCUUGUGAAGAAGAACAAAAAAAAGAAAUCGUGGCAGGAGGACUCUUUUGAGGUCGUGUCGUCCGAUGAGGAGGAGCUUCGCUUGGCCAAUAGCACGAAGGAGCAGUUGGUCGAUGUGCUUCGUGGUCUGCUUUCCCAGGGGUCUUCUGCAGCCGUGGCCCCGAUGACGGUGGUUGAGCAGCCAGCUGCUGCAGUCGUGGCCCCAAGGGCAGUGGUUCAGAAGCAAGCGACGCCGCAGCACAGUGCUCCUGUGGAUCGUGUCGUUGUUCCAGACUCACUUCCUUUCGCUGGGGACAACGAUGGCACGCAGAUCCCCUUCAAUCCUGAAGACUACAUUGCAACUCCCUAUGCCCAAGAUCUGCUGGCACGUGAAGAUGCCUCGCUGGCAGCAGUGCCCAACAUCCAGCAGCAUGGCCAAGGUGUUCCUGAGCAGGAGGGACCCCCGCCCGAGACUGCUACUGGAUUGCCGGAGUCGGAGUUCCCUGAAGUUCCAGAGCAUGAGGUCGUUACCAGGAAGGCUUCGGAUGGCACGCUGGAAGGUGGGAAUAGUUCCGGUAGUACGGGGCCGGUCGAGGCGACAUCGCAGCUCCGCCGCAAGCGACCGCUUCAGGAUGCAGAGGAAUCGGAGCCCAAGGGUGACGAAGAUGAGGAGGACGAUGCCGAGGAGCAUGAGGACGAUUCGGGAGAAAGGGGCGACGACGGGGCUGCCUCGAGAAAGCGAGGCCGACCAAAGGCCAAGGCCUCUGCAAAGGCAAAGGCCAAAGCAAAGGCCAAGGCCUCUGCAAAGGCCAAGGCCUCUGCAAAGGCCAAGGCCAAAGCAAAGGCUGCUUCAAAAGCGAAGCCGAAAGCCAAGGCGAAAGCACGUGCCGAGCAGGAUGCAUCAGAGGACCCAGAAGCAGUGGAGAGCCGCCGGAAGAGGAAGGCACCGGUUCCCGCACAGGAGAAGUUUCAAGCUGCCCAGAAAAGGACGGCAAGCUUGCUUCAGUCCAUGCAGAAGCCGGCUCCAUUGGUUUUCGGGGAGGUUGCCCACGAUCGCCCAUUGCCUAACCCGGAGCACAUUCGGCAGGUCCUUAUCUUCGAGAUCAUGACUUGCUUGGCUUCGUGCAACGAGCUGGGGAAAAAGGCCAAGCACAACCACCUCGACAAGCUGGUGUCGCCAUCGUGCGACAUGCGAUUCGAGUUGUAUUGGAGCAGGGCCUCCGUGGGCAUCAAGGUCAAGGGUUCGGGAGAAAAGGACUUCAAGCAGGCUGGCCACUCCAAGCUGCUCUCUGUGAAGAAAGAGACCCCAGCCGUCCAGAUGAAGGCCGAUCCUGAUUCGCAGGAGACACAAGACACCCAGGCCAUCCAGAGGCAGUUCAUGGCCCACCCGGAUGUUCGUACUCAGUACCAGCAGGGCGGCUCAGGCCGCGAGUGGCUGGAAAUGGCAUUGCUGGCCACCUUUCGCACCUCAGUGAAAGUGAUCCGCGAGAGGAUGGAACUGAAAGAGCGAGAAAUCAGUGGAGAAUGGAUGACGGAAGAAAGGAUGCAGAAGUCCGGGGACUACAGCAAGAUGGAGAUCAAGUCGAUCAUAGCCUACUGUUCGAAGUUUCCAGAAGCACUUCAAAAGCUCCUGACCUUGUUGCUGCAUCUAAGCAAAUGGAAGUACAACUCCAGUAUACUGGAGUACUUCGUGGAGACUUCCACCAAGCAAGUGAUCAAGCAGUCCGAGCUCAUGAAACGACACGAACAUACACAGCUUGGAGAUGCCUGGCCGCAGGUCAUGGAAUCUGAUGCACCGCCUGCAGAACCGGGUGACAUGCAAUGGACGGACGAGACAGGCCUUCACCCUGUUCCCGACAAUGUGUCUUCGAAGGCACCAGGGGAAAUCACCCUCCCGGACCUCGUCAAGUUCAUGGACACAAUCCAUGGGCACAUGGUGAAUAUCGGCAAGUCACAGAAGAUGAUCCAGGAGUUGCAGAAGGACCUCCAAAAGAUCGAGGACUCCUUCCAGUCCUUCUACCGUGAGCUGGCCGAGUUCAAGGCUGAGCUGAUGCUGAAGGAGCAAGAGGAAGAGUAUCGACUCCAGCCGGACAUGUACGACGAGGUUCUCGAAACUGCUGUGAGAUCGCUGGACGAUGCUAGCCGGCAGGGAGUGGUUCUCAGGUCCAGAUCCGCCGCCUUUGGAAGCACCCUUUACCAAGAAAAGCCUUGGCCACGAGAGCCUGUGUUCACACGGGUUUUGAUGCAUGAGCCCGACAAGAAAGAAUCGUUCCACAAGGAGAAGAGGAAAACGAGUUAUAUCCAACGAAUCACCCGUGACACAUUGGCAUUUUCUUCGGAGGCAAAAGAUUCACUCGGCGGCUGGAACAAGGGAGCAUUGACAACGACUCUUUGUCAAUUCGUGGAGUGGUUUUGCGACUUCCAGCAACUUCAAAGGAGCACUGACGAGAGGGACCGCUUGAUCGCGAGCUCGAGCCGUGCUUUGAACCUUUUUAUGAAGCUGCUGUAUGCUUCUGAGCUGUGGAUCCCGACUGCUGAAGCCACAAGGAUAGCAUCUGCUGGCAGGCAUUUCUUGGCGGCAUACAGCCGCCUCGCACGGUUGUCCUUGGACAACCGCGAACUGAGAUUCACGAUGAUACCGAAAGUGCAUCUUCUGUGGCACGUCGUCGAAAGCAUGAUGUCGCAAUGCGAGAACUUUACCGAAGUCGAGAAUCCUUUAUCCCAGGCCGUCGCUAUCGAUGAAGAUUUUAUAGGAAGGUACUGCGCAUUGACAAGAAGUGUAUCACCCCGUUUGAGGGUUCUUCGCUCUCUGGAGCGGUACCUUACACAGAUCCAACUCCUGUGGAUGAGGCAGAGUUGA